AUGAAGUUGGAAAAAGUUGCCACGUUUCACAAAGUGUGUUUUGCCGGUUUUAUUGCCAUGGGAUGCUGCGAUCCAAUCCGCAAUCGUAGACCAGACAGAGGAGACAGUAGUAGCUCAGAUGUGGAGAGCUUGAGUACUGGUAGAGACAACAACGAUAGCAGCAGCAGCGAUAGCAGCAGCAACGGUCGCUACAGCAACGGCGGCAGUAGCAGCAGCGGCGACAGCAACAGCGAUAGCAACAGCAACGGUGGCAGCAACAGCGGCGGCAGUAGCAGCGGCAGCCACAGCAGCAGCAGCAGUGGUAGCGGGAUUUCUGGUCCUAACUGCGCGGCUCAGGAUCUUAACUCGGAAUGCAACACUGGAACCGGACAAUGCGAAUGUAAACAUGGGGGCGGCCUCACCUAUCCAAAUUGCUGUGCGGAUUGUAGCAGUGAUGAUGAAGCGAACUGUUGCGCUGUUGCCGACGGCUGCGGUGAUGUAGGCCAGAGUGCAUGUGCCUGCGACUUCGAGGGAACCUUUCCGAAAUGCUGUGCGGAUUGUAGCAGUGAUGAUGAAGCGUACUGUUGCGCUGCUGCCGACGGCUGCGGUGAUGUAGGCCAGAGUGCAUGUGCCUGCUACUUCGAGGGAACCUUUCCGAAAUGCUGUGCGGAUUGUAGCAGUGAUGAUGAAGCGUACUGUUGCGAUGCUGCCGACGGCUGCGGUUAUGUAGGCCAGAGUGCAUGUGCCUGCUACUUCGAGGGAACCUUUCCGAAAUGCUGUGCGGAUUGUAGCAGUGAUGAUGAAGCGUACUGUUGCGAUGCUGCCGACGGCUGCGGUGAUGUAGGCCAGAGUGCAUGUGCCUGCUACUUCGAGGGAACCUUUCCGAAAUGCUGUCCUAACUGCGCGGCUCAGGAUCCUAACUCGGAAUGCAACACUGGAACCGGACAAUGCGAAUGUAAACAUGGGGGCAGCCUCACCUAUCCAAAUUGCUGUGCGGAUUGUAGCAGUGAUGAUGAAGCGUACUGUUGCGAUGCUGCCGACGGCUGCGGUGAUGUAGGCCAGAGUGCAUGUGCCUGCUACUUCGAGGGAACCUUUCCGAAAUGCUGUGCGGAUUGUAGCAGUGAUGAUGAAGCGUACUGUUGCGCUGCUGCCGACGGCUGCGGUGAUGUAGGCCAGAGUGCAUGUGCCUGCUACUUCGAGGGAACCUUUCCGAAAUGCUGUGCGGAUUGUAGCAGUGAUGAUGAAGCGUACUGUUGCGCUGCUGCCGACGGCUGCGGUGAUGUAGGCCAGAGUGCAUGUGCCUGCUACUUCGAGGGAACCUUUCCGAAAUGCUGUGCGGAUUGUAGCAGUGAUGAUGAAGCGUACUGUUGCGCUGCUGCCGACGGCUGCGGUGAUGUAGGCCAGAGUGCAUGUGCCUGCUACUUCGAGGGAACCUUUCCGAAAUGCUGUGCGGAUUGUAGCAGUGAUGAUGAAGCGUACUGUUGCGCUGCUGCCGACGGCUGCGGUGAUGUAGGCCAGAGUGCAUGUGCCUGCUACUUCGAGGGAACCUUUCCGAAAUGCUGUGCGGAUUGUAGCAGUGAUGAUGAAGCGUACUGUUGCGCUGCUGCCGACGGCUGCGGUGAUGUAGGCCAGAGUGCAUGUGCCUGCUACUUCGAGGGAACCUUUCCGAAAUGCUGUGCGGAUUGUAGCAGUGAUGAUGAAGCGUACUGUUGCGAUGCUGCCGACGGCUGCGGUGAUGUAGGCCAGAGUGCAUGUGCCUGCUACUUCGAGGGAACCUUUCCGAAAUGCUGUGCGGAUUGUAGCAGUGAUGAUGAAGCGUACUGUUGCGAUGCUGCCGACGGCUGCGGUGAUGUAGGCCAGAGUGCAUGUGCCUGCUACUUCGAGGGAACCUUUCCGAAAUGCUGUCCUAACUGCGCGGCUCAGGAUCCUAACUCGGAAUGCAACACUGGAACCGGACAAUGCGAAUGUAAACAUGGGGGCAGCCUCACCUAUCCAAAUUGCUGUGCGGAUUGUAGCAGUGAUGAUGAAGCGUACUGUUGCGAUGCUGCCGACGGCUGCGGUGAUGUAGGCCAGAGUGCAUGUGCCUGCUACUUCGAGGGAACCUUUCCGAUAUGCUGUGCGGAUUGUAGCAGUGAUGAUGAAGCGUACUGUUGCGCUGCUGCCGACGGCUGCGGUGAUGUAGGCCAGAGUGCAUGUGCCUGCUACUUCGAGGGAACCUUUCCGAAAUGCUGUGCGGAUUGUAGCAGUGAUGAUGAAGCGUACUGUUGCGCUGCUGCCGACGGCUGCGGUGAUGUAGGCCAGAGUGCAUGUGCCUGCUACUUCGAGGGAACCUUUCCGAAAUGCUGUGCGGAUUGUAGCAGUGAUGAUGAAGCGUACUGUUGCGCUGCUGCCGACGGCUGCGGUGAUGUAGGCCAGAGUGCAUGUGCCUGCUACUUCGAGGGAACCUUUCCGAAAUGCUGUGCGGAUUGUAGCAGUGAUGAUGAAGCGUACUGUUGCGCUGCUGCCGACGGCUGCGGUGAUGUAGGCCAGAGUGCAUGUGCCUGCUACUUCGAGGGAACCUUUCCGAAAUGCUGUGCGGAUUGUAGCAGUGAUGAUGAAGCGUACUGUUGCGCUGCUGCCGACGGCUGCGGUGAUGUAGGCCAGAGUGCAUGUGCCUGCUACUUCGAGGGAACCUUUCCGAAAUGCUGUGCGGAUUGUAGCAGUGAUGAUGAAGCGUACUGUUGCGCUGCUGCCGACGGCUGCGGUGAUGUAGGCCAGAGUGCAUGUGCCUGCUACUUCGAGGGAACCUUUCCGAAAUGCUGUCCUAACUGCGCGGCUCAGGAUCCUAACUCAGAAUGCAACACUGGAACCGGACAAUGCGAAUGUAAACAUGGGGGCAGCCUCACCUAUCCAAAUUGCUGUGCGGAUUGUAGCAGUGAUGAUGAAGCGUACUGUUGCGCUGCUGCCGACGGCUGCGGUGAUGUAGGCCAGAGUGCAUGUGCCUGCUACUUCGAGGGAACCUUUCCGAAAUGCUGUGCGGAUUGUAGCAGUGAUGAUGAAGCGUACUGUUGCGCUGCUGCCGACGGCUGCGGUGAUGUAGGCCAGAGUGCAUGUGCCUGCUACUUCGAGGGAACCUUUCCGAAAUGCUGUGCGGAUUGUAGCAGUGAUGAUGAAGCGUACUGUUGCGCUGCUGCCGACGGCUGCGGUGAUGUAGGCCAGAGUGCAUGUGCCUGCUACUUCGAGGGAACCUUUCCGAAAUGCUGUGCGGAUUGUAGCAGUGAUGAUGAAGCGUACUGUUGCGCUGCUGCCGACGGCUGCGGUGAUGUAGGCCAGAGUGCAUGUGCCUGCUACUUCGAGGGAACCUUUCCGAAAUGCUGUGCGGAUUGUAGCAGUGAUGAUGAAGCGUACUGUUGCGCUGCUGCCGACGGCUGCGGUGAUGUAGGCCAGAGUGCAUGUGCCUGCUACUUCGAGGGAACCUUUCCGAAAUGCUGUGCGGAUUGUAGCAGUGAUGAUGAAGCGUACUGUUGCGCUGCUGCCGACGGCUGCGGUGAUGUAGGCCAGAGUGCAUGUGCCUGCUACUUCGAGGGAACCUUUCCGAAAUGCUGUCCUAACUGCGCGGCUCAGGAUCCUAACUCAGAAUGCAACACUGGAACCGGACAAUGCGAAUGUAAACAUGGGGGCAGCCUCACCUAUCCAAAUUGCUGUGCGGAUUGUAGCAGUGAUGAUGAAGCGUACUGUUGCGCUGCUGCCGACGGCUGCGGUGAUGUAGGCCAGAGUGCAUGUGCCUGCUACUUCGAGGGAACCUUUCCGAAAUGCUGUGCGGAUUGUAGCAGUGAUGAUGAAGCGUACUGUUGCGCUGCUGCCGACGGCUGCGGUGAUGUAGGCCAGAGUGCAUGUGCCUGCUACUUCGAGGGAACCUUUCCGAAAUGCUGUGCGGAUUGUAGCAGUGAUGAUGAAGCGUACUGUUGCGCUGCUGCCGACGGCUGCGGUGAUGUAGGCCAGAGUGCAUGUGCCUGCUACUUCGAGGGAACCUUUCCGAAAUGCUGUGCGGAUUGUAGCAGUGAUGAUGAAGCGUACUGUUGCGCUGCUGCCGACGGCUGCGGUGAUGUAGGCCAGAGUGCAUGUGCCUGCUACUUCGAGGGAACCUUUCCGAAAUGCUGUGCGGAUUGUAGCAGUGAUGAUGAAGCGUACUGUUGCGCUGCUGCCGACGGCUGCGGUGAUGUAGGCCAGAGUGCAUGUGCCUGCUACUUCGAGGGAACCUUUCCGAAAUGCUGUGCGGAUUGUAGCAGUGAUGAUGAAGCGUACUGUUGCGCUGCUGCCGACGGCUGCGGUGAUGUAGGCCAGAGUGCAUGUGCCUGCUACUUCGAGGGAACCUUUCCGAAAUGCUGUCCUAACUGCGCGGCUGAGGAUCCUAACUCGGAAUGCAACACUGGAACCGGACAAUGCGAAUGUAAACAUGGGGGCGGCCUCACCUAUCCAAAUUGCUGUGCGGAUUGUAGCAGUGAUGAUGAAGCGUACUGUUGCGCUGCUGCCGACGGCUGCGGUGAUGUAGGCCAGAGUGCAUGUGCCUGCUACUUCGAGGGAACCUUUCCGAAAUGCUGUCCUAACUGCGCGGCUGAGGAUCCUAACUCGGAAUGCAACACUGGAACCGGACAAUGCGAAUGUAAACAUGGGGGCGGCCUCACCUAUCCAAAUUGCUGUGCGGAUUGUAGCAGUGAUGAUGAAGCGUACUGUUGCGCUGCUGCCGACGGCUGCGGUGAUGUAGGCCAGAGUGCAUGUGCCUGCUACUUCGAGGGAACCUUUCCGAAAUGCUGUGCGGAUUGUAGCAGUGAUGAUGAAGCGUACUGUUGCGCUGCUGCCGACGGCUGCGGUGAUGUAGGCCAGAGUGCAUGUGCCUGCUACUUCGAGGGAACCUUUCCGAAAUGCUGUGCGGAUUGUAGCAGUGAUGAUGAAGCGUACUGUUGCGCUGCUGCCGACGGCUGCGGUGAUGUAGGCCAGAGUGCAUGUGCCUGCUACUUCGAGGGAACCUUUCCGAAAUGCUGUCCUAACUGCGCGGCUGAGGAUCCUAACUCGGAAUGCAACACUGGAACCGGACAAUGCGAAUGUAAACAUGGGGGCGGCCUCACCUAUCCAAAUUGCUGUGCGGAUUGUAGCAGUGAUGAUGAAGCGUACUGUUGCGCUGCUGCCGACGGCUGCGGUGAUGUAGGCCAGAGUGCAUGUGCCUGCUACUUCGAGGGAACCUUUCCGAAAUGCUGUCCUAACUGCGCGGCUCAGGAUCCUAACUCGGAAUGCAACACUGGAACCGGACAAUGCGAAUGUAAACAUGGGGGCGGCCUCACCUAUCCAAAUUGCUGUGCGGAUUGUAGCAGUGAUGAUGAAGCGUACUGUUGCGCUGUUGCCGACGGCUGCGGUGAUGUAGGCCAGAGUGCAUGUGCCUGCUACUUCGAGGGAACCUUUCCGAAAUGCUGUCCUUUGUGCGGAGAAAAUGAGGAAUGCUGUGGCGAUUUAACAUGCACCGCCCUUAACAAUACGAAUAUAUCAGCCAACGAGGGAGAGUGUUUCUGCGCGUACGACUCAUCCCCCACAGGAGUAUGCUGCGAUUUUGGAAGGGAAUGUUCCGACGAACGCUCCCACAACGCCUGUCAGAAUGUGCCGGUGGCGAAUAUUGUCUGUCAUAAACUUGACUGUUGUAAUAACAAUACGCUGACGGUCAAUUGUAACCAGAAGUUCUGCGUGUGCAAUACGCCCCAGAACUAUAAACUGGACCAAAACAGUGCGAAUCCAACGUGCAUAUUUGAUGCAAAUGUGGCACUGAAUGAUUGUGAAGAUGGCGAUUACAGCCUGUAUCUUCCGUAA